ACCUCUCAGAUCCCAGCAGCUUUGAGGGUCGCUCCUCUUCAGCAUGGGGGGACUUAUUCACGUGCUGCUGGGCUUGUGUGCUCUGCAUCUGUUUCACAGUUGUAGUGUUUCCUCCAGAGCUUCCAGGAGGCUGUGGACCUCUGCUAACAACAGGAGCACCAGAGCUGUGAGCACGCUGGUGCCCAUCAACUGUAAACAGGGAGGCUGGUCAUCCUGGACAACAUGUAACUCCUGCACAGACAAGUCGUUCCGUUUCCGGUACUUGGAGAAGCCGUCCCAGUUCGGUGGGAUAACCUGCAUCGAUUCCUUGUGGGGCCGGCAGGCGUGUCCAGCAGCGACCACCCAGUGCCUGGUAGACGACUACUGUGGAGAGAGCUUCACCUGCAGCGGAACAGGACGCUGCAUCAGCCAGUCUCUGCGCUGCAAUGGAGAAGCCGACUGUGAUGAUUUCUCUGACGAAGACGAGUGUGAACAGUUCAACCAGAGGGACGACAAGUGUUCCACCCUCUUGCCCAUUCCUGGCGCUGAACGUGGCACUCAGGGGUUCAGCAUCCUGACAGGCGACUUCAUGGAUCAAGUACUCGACCCAAAGUACUUUGGAGGACAGUGUGAAUAUGUCUAUAAUGGUGAAUGGAGGAAGUUCUCUUACGACGCAUUCUGUGAGAGCCUGCACUACAACGAAGACGAGAAAAACUACCGGAAACCCUACAAUUACCACGCCUACCGUUUUGUGGCCGAAGCAACAUCUAAAGGCUCCCACGAAUACUUUGAAGACAUGCAGAGCCUGCUGAAGGCCAGGGGUUCCAUGUCAUCGUUCAAUCUUGGUUUCACAGUCGGGGUGCAGUAUGUGAAAGUGGGAUUAAGUGGCAGUACGGAGUCCGAGUUUCUCAGCAACCUAACACGGUUUAGCAGCCAGGACCGGGCGUUCCUUAGAGUUUGGUCCCAAGUGCAAACGGCCCAGUUCAAGAUGAGAAGCAACCAACUGAUGCUCCACGAGGACUUCUACGUGGCUCUCAUGGAGCUCCCUGAGCUGUACGAGUUUGGGACGUACUCCCGCUUCCUGGACACAUUCGGCACUCACUACGUCACGGAGGGCACCAUGGGAGGGACGCUGGAGUACAUUUAUGUUCUCAAUAAAAGAGCCAUGGCAGAGUCAAAUAUCGAAGUUAAUAAGGCUCAAUCGUGCCUCGGUGCCUCUCUGGGCAUAAGUUAUCCAGUUAACGACGCUCUGAAGGUUGAUUUUGGCGUGAAAGGGAAAGCAUGUCCUGGUGGUCAUGAUAUCUUUCAAAGUGCAGACUCCAGCUCAGGUACGGUUGAUGACAUCGUCGCUCAGGUGAAAGGGGGCGUCACGGAGACGGGCGCUGGGGUGUUGGCCAUCAGGGACCCUGACACAUACAAGAAGUGGGGAGCGUCUCUCAAAUACAACCCGGUCUUGAUCGAAUAUGAGACCAUGCCCAUCUACGAGCUGGUGCGCCUCAGUACGGCCGCUGCUCACGUGGGGGCCAGGGGGGCCAACCUGGAGAGGGCUGUGGACGAAUACCUGCAGAUGUUCGACCCGUGUCGCUGCGCCCCCUGCAGACACAACGGGGUGCCUGUCCUCUCCGGCACCUCCUGCAGCUGCAUCUGUAAGUCAGGCUACCAGGGGAUGGCCUGCGAGGAGACGCUCAGGAGAGAUGCCGUUACAGAUGGCUCGUGGUCGUGCUGGGGGUCAUGGUCGUCCUGUGCAUCGGGGAGGAAGACGAGGACCAGGGCCUGCAGUAAUCCUGCUCCUGAUGCGGGGGGCGCGGCCUGCCUGGGCUCCCCCACACAGACCCGCUACUGCUGAAAACAUCCUCCGUUCCUUCAGGCUCAGGAUGCUUUUCUGUGCAGAGGAGGCAUAAAACUCUCCUGCAAUCCUGCCAUCAAUAAUUCCAUGUCUUUUCAUGUCACACCAUAUAUCAAAGGCAGUAAUAAAUGUCUUGUGUGCUCA